GCCGCCCGGCUAGCUUAUCGUGCAUAUUUGUUGUCUAGGCAUAGGGAAGACGCAUGAUUGUCUUCGUAUCAGACUUGACGGCAAUGAGUUGGUACAGGGACUUCCGUAUGCCACAUACAAUGUCUGUUUUCCUAGAUUAACUGAAUCAAAAGCGAGUGAAAUAUACAAUUGAAUGCAUGUUCAUUUCAUAGAGGGUGAGUGAUUCCAUUGUAAGUCUAUGGCGUGAAGGGUGAAGCGGCGUUUCUUGGUAGAAGAAAACGGGUGGAAGGAUCAAGAAAGUACGGCCUCGAGAUUCCACCGCAGCGAUCGUGUGGGAGGUUUUCUUGGGGCGCUGCGCUCUGCAUGCACCGUCACCGCUCGGGCUCAUUGUCCGCUGGCACACAGCGGGAGAUUCCUGCGGGACUUCGCCUCAGCUACAUCACCGACUGCCUCGGUGUACCUCGUACACGUAAACAAGGCCCAUUCGUUGUGGCAGUAAGCCAUCGGAGAAGGACUUGACUGUAGAGGACGAUGCUAGUAUAAAUUUUUGGCUCGAGAGUUGACCGUCGUGGCCGUGUUCGUUGCGAUAUCAACAUGCGGGAACAAACGAAGCUUGUUGCAGCGGAACAAUGCGACCAGGGUGCUGGUGGAAUGUCCAGGCGAAAACAGGCCAAGCCAAGAGCAGUCAAGCGUGGUCCAUUCUUGAAGGGGUUAGCUAUCGGUGAGGCAGGACCAUCUUCUAGACCAGACCACGAGGUUGAGGAAGACAGGCUCUCGUUUUUAUCAGACGACACCAGAAGCAAGAAAGCUCGAUCGAGUGCCGGGGAGUCUUCGCAUCUUGAGGAAUCAACAAAGAGCCCAACCUGCAGCCAUCUCAAGACAUUUUGUGACGAUGACAAUGACUCCAUUGCCUCGGAGAGUGAGAGAAGACAUUCAGUGAAGCCACCUAGAAGCGAACGACAAUCUGAAGAAUUGCUUGACCUUGAAGAUGACGACCCAGCCAUUGAUGACGAUGUAGAUGAUGUUGGAGAAGACGAAGACGAAGAGAUUUACAAGUGCGACACCUGCAACUCAGCGUUUUUGAGCAUUGCCGAUUUCAUGGAUCAUAGGAACUAUGACUGCGACACAGAUAUCGGGAUUGGUGAGGUAGAUGAUUCACCCAGCAAGUUCUCUAUGUCUGGUUCAGAUGAAGGGAAUUCCUCCAGUGAGCUCCUGGAUCCUGACUCGCCAUACACCCUAGAGCAAGGUUCCCUGGAUAGCAACCUGCCCUACCAUUGCCAGUUCUGCGACCGAGCGUUCCACAGACUCACGUACCUCAAGCGCCACGAGCAAGUCCACAGCGACAAGAUGCCGUUCAAGUGCACAUUCUGCAGUCGGCUCUUCAAGCACAAACGCAGCCGGGACCGGCACGUCAAGCUGCACACGGGAGACAAGAAGUACCAGUGUCCCCAGUGUGAUGCAUCGUUCUCGCGUAGCGACCAUCUGAAGAUCCACCUCAAGACUCACACAACGGGGAAGCCCUUCCGAUGCCCGAUCUGUAAUCGCGGUUACACCACCAACGCAGCAUUGAUGGCACACACUCAGAACUUCCACAAGACGCAGAUGGUGACCAAAGGGAAAGAUUACAAGUGCGUGCACUGCUCUGCCACGUUCACGACAUCUGAGAACCUAUAUGAUCACCUUCAGACUCAUGUCUCCGAAUUGCCGGACGGAAAAACUGCCCUGUACACAGUCGCACACACAAAUGGGGAACCUUUCAAUGAGUCGCUGGACCCAGAAGAUGAAAACAAAUGUCCAGUUUGUGAAGAAACGCUAAUGUCUGUUGACGAGCUUCAGGCUCAUUUAGAUAUGCACAAGGACAGCAUGAAUAUUCCCUUGCAGUGCCAGUACUGUCCUCGGGCCUACUUCCCCAGCAUCACAGUGCUCAACGUCCACAUGAAGACUUUGCAUUCGGACAAGUUAUCCAAGAUACAUCAGUGCCAGUACUGUGGCAAAGAUUACCCCACCUUGUUCAAUCUGACUGAGCAUAUGUCAGCCAUGCAUGAGCCCCUCGGGACUCAUUCCAAUAGCUCCAACCAAGCCACUCCAACAAGCACCAUGCUUUCUUGUGCAUAUUGCACCAUGGAGUUUGGCUCAGGAAUCGCUCUGCGCAGCCACAUUGACAGUGUUCAUUCGAUUCCUAAUGCAAUCACUUACGAUGCGGACGGGCGCCUUCUCUGCCCACGUUGCAGCAUGGGGUUUCUGACCGAACAAGCGCUAUACGAGCACUUCCAGAAUUCUCACGGUAACGUGGAUUGCCAGUUGACCAAUGAUGCACGAGUGCAGUGUCAUCAGUGCACCAAAGUGUACCCCAAUCAUGCGAUGCUCCAGGAGCACGUUAAUCGUAGUCACAGCCAGGCACUUGACAGCAUGAAGUACCCUUGUCCCUACUGCAUCAAACAGAACCUCUUUGAUUCCAUUGAGCAGCUCCAGCUUCACGUCCAGGUCUUUCACCAGAGUGACCGAGCCCCGGUCUUCCUCUGCCCAGAAGAAGACUGUAAGGGCCACUUUGACACAGCCGAUGCCCUGAGUGAACAUCUACAGAAUGACCACAAUCAAGAAAACAGCAACAAAGACACACCCUCAUCAAGUAAGUCGACCAAUCCAGGGAAAAACAAGAAAGAGAAGAAUAAGGAGAAAGGUAAACACAAAGAAAAGCGGAAGUCAUCUUCUGGGAAGCAAACACCGAUCAGAGUUUUGCCACUAACCCCACCGGCGGAAGCUGACAAGCCUGUUGAACCUCGUCCAUCUAGCCCUCACACUGAUCACAGCAGCCAGGGAGCUUUCUCCUGCCCCACCUGUCAUAAUGAGUUCACUAACGAGGAGCAGUUAGUGGUCCACGUGCUUACCCACUACAAAACCAUCUCAGCAGAAUACAUCUGCAAAGAUUGCGGUAAGAGCUUCAAGAAGCCAGAUGAGUUGCAGAAGCACCUGUUUGAAAUCCACGCCCAUCACUUGUACAAGUGCUCCCUGUGCAAGGAGGUGUUUGACUCCAAGGUCUCGAUACAGGUGCACUUUGCUGUGAAGCACAGCAAUGAGUGCAAACUCUACAGCUGCAUGAAGUGCGGAGUGGUCUACCGCUCUGAAGGAGACCUCCUGGUCCAUGUCAAAUUUGAACACUUGAAGAUCACUCAGCCUUUCAAGUGCCUGUUCUGCAGCCAGAGUUUUGCCUCAGAUGUUGAGUUUCAGUGUCACCUCACAUCCCACUCAGAGCAGUUUCGUUGCCCAUUCUGCAAUGCUCCCUACAGCUCCCAGGAGACCCUAGAAGUGCAUUUAAGAGCCACUCAUGAUUACUCUGACGCUUCUCCGAGCGUACAGAAAUCCCAGACAAAUAAGGAGUCUCCCUCUGACAAGCCGACAUACAGCUCCGACUCGGAUAACAAUCCCAAGGAAGCCAAUGACAUGAAGCACGAGGAGGAAGGAUGCUUCAUCUGUAAGAUCUGUGACACCAAAUUCCCACUAAAGAUACUCCUUGAAAAACAUCACCUAAAGGAGCAUGACAUCCAGGCUCGCAGUGCCUCAAUCCAAUCCCAGAUGUCCUCAGUGACAGCCCAGACUUCAGAACCCAAGAGGAAGCAUAAGUACCCCUGCGACACCUGCCCUCUGAGCUUCAAGACCAAGUACGAGUUGAUGAAGCAUGCCAUCGAGCACACAGCAGAAUUCAAGCUGCGAUCAGAGAGCACGUCCCCCCAGCCCAUGGGCAUUUCCUCCAAACAGCCCACCUGGCACUGUAAGUGCUACGUCUGUAAGCAGCCCAUCCAGAUGGAAACGGAGUUCCUAAGUCACGCCCAGCAGCACAAUGAAGAAAUCGCCGGCCCUGGGAACACCAUCCGUUGCGUCGCCUGUCUGCAGAUACUCACCUCAAUGGUGGAGCUACAGCUUCAUGCGAGAUAUCACACCCAAGCCCCGCCAUCCACGGGAGUUCAUGAGUUAUACCCUUGCUACGUUUGCGGUAAAACGUUCGGUUCCAGAACAGAUGUGGUGCCCAAACUGGAUGGCAGCAAUCACCCUUGCUUCAUGUGUCUCAAUUGCAUCAAGGCAUCCCUUGAGAGCCAGUUUUCGGGGGUGUCGUCAGGGACACCUUUUGUCAAGAUACCUGCAAUGAACAACCACCGCUGCCCGAAAUGUAGCGUGAAGUUUGAAACCCGUGAGGAAUUGGAUACUCACCUGGUGACCCACGGGGCAGGGAAGACCUACCAGUGCAUCAAAUGCCAACAGAACUUUGCCACCGAGAUGGAAAUCCAGCUGCAUGUCACGACUCACGUGCUGUCUGAAGGGGUGCAUCUUGAGUGCAAACUGUGCAAGGAUAUCUUUGACUCCCCGGCCAAGCUACAGUGCCACCUCAUCAAUCAUUCCUUUGCCGACAAGGAGUACCGAUGUCCGAUAUGUAAGGCAAUGUUCAGCUGCGCUCAGGACAUUCAAGCUCAUGCAGUAGAGCACGGGAUGGAAGCACGGCGCCACAAGUGCUCCCAGUGCAGUCAGACUUUCUUCUUCUCAGCUGAACUCCAGAACCACGUCCUGUCCCAUCCCAGUCAAGAGGACUUGGGGAUCUUCCGGUGUGAAGAGUGCCGUCGUGUCUUCUCCUCCAGUGCCAGCCUGAGCAACCACUCCCGCCUGCAUGCUACCCCAACUGAUAAGGGCUUCAAGUGCUCCAUCUGCAUGGAGAUGUUCUACUCCACGGUGGACCUCCAGCAGCAUUAUUUCCGGACUCACUCUGAGGCGGAGCUCGGAUGCAAGAAGAAAUCCUUCAAAUGCGGUCAAUGCGACGAGGUGUUCCCCUGCCUGAGUAACCUUCAGGGACACAUGAGAAUCCACACCGAUGGAAGGAAGUACACCUGCACCACCUGCAAUAAAGUCUUCUCCCUCUCUCGUAAUCUGACCAUCCACAUGAGGUCUCACAGUGGGGAGAAGCCCUACCAGUGUCCGAUGUGCGACAAACGAUUCGCCCGUAAAGAGAACAGAAAGGUGCACCUUAAAUCGCACACCGGCAUCAAGCCAUUCAUGUGCCCUCACUGCGGGAAGAUGUUCUCGCGCAAGUGUCACGUCCGGGACCACAUGAGGACCCACACCAUGACGGUGACCCGAGGCUCCCUCUUCCAGUGCGAGUACUGCCAGGAGACCUUCACCUUGGCUAAGAACCUGCGUCGACACAUCCGUAGAAUCCACAAGGAGGAGGGCACGUCCCAGAGUAGUUCAGCUUCCCCACUCAGCUCGUCAGAAUCCCUCAUGGGUGAGGACGAAACAUCACCUGAAAUGGGAGCCUCCUCAGAGAGUGAUUCCUUGGGUGCCGAGCCUAUUGUCAGUAGUAGUCAGGACCCCCAAGCAACUGAAGAAAUGCAGAUUCUCUAAAAUGAUUUGAAAACAAAAAUAAGAUCACCCAUUGAUUUCUUGUCUAGAGAUCCCAAACUGGUCUCCUUUUAUUAACCCAUGUACAGCUCCACACCGCCCUGCAUGUUACUCCCUGUACUGCCUACAAGACAGCUCAGCACUGAAUGGGUUUUUAUGAAUACAUUGUACAUUGUUAUACAAUGAAGAACAGGUGCUAGCAGGUUCAAUCCUGCCCACUGAACUGCUAGAACUGUUGUCAUUUUCCAACCGUUCACUCACUGCAACCACCCUGUAAAACUGGGUAGAAAAUAAGUAGUUCUUUCCAUGAAAGAAAAGGUACGUAAAUUCUUAAUUCUGAAAUAGAAUAGUAUAUGCACAGUCAUUGAUGUCACAUAUUAUUAAUAUAUCAUUAUUAUUUUGGCAACUAGUCAAUUUUGAAAUUUUUAGUCAGUUUCAGAUUUUUAUUUUCAAAGCAUUUAUCAGUUUCAAGAACAUUUCCUCCUGGUAUAGUAAAAUUAACGAAAACAUCACUUACUUCCCAUUUAAUUUUUUUAAUAAAAAAAAUUGGUAGAUUGUUUUUUUUUUCUUCACAUGAUUUAAUUACAAUUGCAAGUAGAUCUUGCCAUUAGCUAUGGCAAAUGGAAAACUUUUCAUACAUUCUGAAUAUCCUCUGCUUGAAAUCAUGAUAGCAUUUAACCAACAUUCAUAAAUACCUAAGACAGUUUACCCACUCCCAUUGGUCGAGAGCCUGUCACGUGGCUGGUCUUAAACGGAUGAUAAAGACAUGGCUGGCUGGUUUUAAAUACUUUUCCCAGUGUCGCAUGAAAUUUGGAAUCCCAUGAAAUCCGGUGCCUUUUACCAUUUUAUUGGUUGAAUGAUCACAAUCCUCACGUAGACAUGGGCAAUUCUAGCAGCGAGUCAGUAUUUCAGUCCUAGAUUCACAACGCACUCGCCACAGCUGCAUCUGCGCGUCAUUACACAGUACGCGUGCGCCAAUCUCCAUAAAAGGAGUUGUUUACGUCUUACUCGCGAGCUGGAUACUCCAUUAUAUAGCUAGAGGGGUGUUUAAAAAAAGAAGAAAAUAUUUGAACAAAAUUGUUGGAAAUUUGUAA